GCUGACGCUGCUGCCACUCGCGCUCGAAGCCGCAGCUCCCGCCUCCCCGGCGAUCAGGUUCGUGUGCGCCGCGGUGCUGGGGGCUCGAGGACCGAGCGGAGCUGGUUGAGCCUUCAAAGUCCUAAAACGCGCGGCCGCGGGUUCGGGGUUUAUUGAUUGAAUUCCGCUGGCGCGGGAGCCUCUGCAGAGAGAGAGAGAAAUAGAGCGAGCGAGCGAGCGCGGAAGAUGGAGAUGGACAAGCGGAUUCAUUUAGAGCUGCGGAACAGGACGCCCUCGGAUGUGAAAGAGCUUGUCCUGGACAACUGCCGGGCGACCGAAGGCAAAAUCGAUGGCCUCACAGACGAGUUCAAAGAACUGGAAUUCUUGAGUACGAUCAACAUAGGCCUCGCCUCCGUUGCAAACUUACCAAAGUUAAACAAACUUAAGAAGCUUGAACUAAGCGAUAACAGAAUCACAGGGGGCCUGGAUGUAUUGGCAGAAAAGUGUCCGAACCUGACGCAUCUAAAUUUAAGUGGCAACAAAAUUAAAGACCUCAGCACGAUAGAGCCGCUGAAGAAGUUAGAGAACCUCAAGAGCUUAGACCUUUUCAACUGCGAGGUGACCAACCUGAACGACUACCGAGAAAGCGUGUUUGAGCUCCUCCCGCAGCUCACGUACCUGGACGGCUACGACCGGGAUGACAAGGAGGCCCCCGACUCCGACGCCGAGGGCUACGUGGAGGGCCUGGAUGACGACGAGGAGGAUGAGGACGAGGAGGAAUACGAGGAAGACGCUCAGGUGGUGGAAGAUGAGGAGGAUGAGGACGAGGAGGAGGAAGGGGAAGAGGAGGACGUGAGUGGAGAGGAGGAGGAGGAUGAAGAAGGCUACAACGAUGGGGAGGUCGACGAUGAGGAAGACGAGGAAGAUCUCGGUGAAGAAGAAAAGGGUCAGAAGCGGAAACGAGAGCCUGAGGAAGAGGGCGAGGAAGACGACUAAGUGGAAUAACCUAUUUUGAAAAAUUCCUCUUGUGAUUUGACUGUUUUUACCCAUGUCCCCUCCCCCCUCCAGAUCCUGCCCCCCGAAACUUAUUUUUUUCUGAUUGUAAUGUUGCCGUGGGAACGAGAGGGGAAAAGCGUGCUGGGGGCUGGGGAGGGCCGGGAGGGGGUGGAAUAAAAUACUAUUUUUACUGCCACUCUUU